AUGCUGAUGCAGUUUAAAAAUAAGUAAUUUAGCUAAUGAAUUAUUAGCCAAUACCUUAGAAUCUUUAAUUUAUUGCCAUUUAAAGACAUUAAAGGCGCAAAUAAGAAUUUAAGUAAUUGCAUAAUUCUGUUUGAAUGCUGUCUAUUCAGGCUAUAUAUAUUGCUGCUUUGA